CUGGGUUAGCUCGUCUGUGUUAUCGUUGUUUAUCAAUCGUGUGACCUUAGAGAGAUAUUUUCGUUUUUGACAGUUGUAGUUUAAUGAGAGUUUAAAAGGAAAUAUUAGCCAGAAGUAGAAUGGAGGUAUCAGGCAAGAAACUUUCUGAUCAAGACCAUACCUACUGCCAGCCAUGUUGUGAAGAAGGGGAAAACAUCCUGGCUGAUGCCUUCUGCACCAUAUGCAAGGAGUUCCUGUGUUCAACUUGUGAAAACGAACACAGAAUAUUAAAGGCUACCAAAAGACAUACCCUCAUGGACAUGAGCUACAUGCCAACAUCGAUGACGGACGAGAUAUAUCAAGAGGACAACAAUGUGCCAUGCGAAAUCCAUCCCAAGGAAUUUAUCAAAUACUUCUGUCCCGCCCAUGAGACAGUCAACUGCGGACAUUGCCUAGCAUUUGAGCAUCGGUCAUGCAAGAUAAACCUCGUUUCCGAUAUAUCGGACUCUUUCAAAACUAGUCAAGAUUAUGGUGACAUCAAAAACUCCAUUGCCAGGCUACUCAAAUGCGUUAAUGAUUGUGUAAGAGACAUUAAAAGCAACAUCAAAAUGGUAUUGAAGAUAGGCGAAGACGAGGUUAAAAAGCUUAUAGAAUAUCGAGAAAACGUCAACAACUACUUUGAUGAAAGGGAAAAAUCCCUUCUUGAGAUCAUAGAGCAAGUGAAAGAUAUGGACAAAACAAGACUGGAAUCUCUUAAACCAAAAUGUGAUAGCAUUAAGGCUCAGUUAGACAAAAUGAAGUGUAAGCUUGAUGAACAGGAGAGAAACAGUGUCAACUUGUUUAUUGAAGCGAAGAAAGUCAGGAAACAGAUUGAAUGCCUAGAAGCGGCCUUGAAUGAUAUCAGCAAGGAGAACAAAGUCCAACGGUACGAAUUUUUAAAGCACACGGCCACUGAGAACUUGAUUGCAGCAAGCAGCGGUCUAGGCAUAGUCCGUAAAGAUCAGACGCUUGCAGCAAGCAGCGGUCUUGGCAAAGUCAGUAAAGGUCAGAAAACAGGAAAGCAGACGGUACCCAUUGAUCUGACAAGCCUAUGGUUCACCGCAGCUCAAGGCAUUCCAGUCAGUGAUCCAAAUGACACCAAAGAAUGUCGGAUGACAUGCAUGCUCCUCCUACCUGAAUCCAUGAUGCUUCUGGCUGACUACAAUAAUAGCACAGUACAUUUGGUGGACCUUCAUACUUUCUCCAUGAUAUCCCAAGUCAAGCUGGCAGGUAAAUCGUGGGGUAUGUGUGUUCUCCCUGGGUAUCGUGUAGCUGUUUGUUUACACGAUAAAAGUAGUGUUGUUUUCUUAGAUGCUCGAGGACGACUGUCCGAAGCAACCAGCAUUGAAUUAUAUAGAAAAUGUUAUGACAUCGUGUACCACACCGAACAGCUAGUUGUCUCUUUUGAAAGAGGGAGGAUCGUGAAAAUGGAUAUGAAAGGCAAUACUAUCAAACAAAUAGACAAUGAUAAUGGACAAGCACUGUUUAGAAGUUGCCUUAAUAUGACACUUAUGGGUGAUGGUCAAAAGGCUGCUAUUCUUGUGUCAGACUUCUACAAACACACAAUCACCAAGCUAGACAUUGACUUAAAUAUGCUCCAGACAUUCAAGGAUCCUGCAAUGCAAAACGCGACAGGUCUCACUGUAGUUGGGAAUAAAUUGCUUAUAUGCAGUUAUGGUACUCACAAAAUUUUGCGCCUUGACUUGUCCAGUGGCAAAAUUAUCGAACUGUUGGGAGAAAGCGAUGGUAUACAACACCCAUACAGAGCCGUCUACAGCACAGAACAAAACAAACUGUACAUCACCAGCUACAUAUCAGGAAAAAAUGACGUGGACAACAAUGUACACGUGUACAAGGUAAAAUGAACUGAUAUGAAUGGUAAGUGUUAAGACAAAAACGGCAAUCAUUUACUCACCAAAUAUAUUCAGUGAUUUAUGAUCUGCAAUGAAUCGUGGAUAUAUAAUUGACAUUAUGUUAAAAAAUAAACGUGCGAAUUUAAGUGGACAUUUUGUAUCUUAUAAAGUGUAUAAUUAACCGAUGUAUUAUUGUUCUUAUUUAAAUGAAUAUUGUUUACAAACUUUCGUUUUAAGUUAUUUUCGGACAAAAAAACUGUAUCAAACUUAAAACCGUUAAAAUAUUUCAUACUAACAUUUUUAAAACACAUUGAGAAAAAACCUUAAAAACAUCAGAAUAUAAAUGAUAGUAAACAUUUGUGAAUUGCGUAGUUGUGUUUAACAUAACUAACAUGUAUUAUUAUUUAUUAUUUGCUUUUUAUGCCUUGUUGAAUAUCGUUUUUGAUGAAAUUGUAAUAAUAGUGUAUACAUGUGCGAAUUGUGUAAAGCUGAAUGUCAUUUUGAUUUGAUACAGAAGGCCAUAUUGAGUAUAUGAUGAUUUUUAGUUGACACUGUAAGUAUGUCAUACUGUGUUACCUUCUUAAAAAUAAUGACGUUAUUAAUAUAUUAUUAGUAUUACUAUGUUUGCCAAGAAAGGCAAAAGGUCAGGUUUCACAAAACAGAACAAGCAAAACACAUUUGGCUAUUUUAUCGCACUGUUAUUAUAACUGUCUUAUUGUAAAUAAGGGUUUCAAACGUUACAAUCUUUUCUCUUAGAUUAAUCGUCAAAUCGACCGCUGUGCCCUGGUAACUAUUUGUAAAAUUGUGACAUUGCAGUUGUAAAAAGUAAAAAUGCAUCUUUUACGUAAUAUUUAUUUAAUAAAUUUGUCAGUGCGUUUUAAAGGUAAAUGCUAGAAAGCAGUUCGCUAACUUAAGAAGCUUUCGCCCUGCUGGGCAGUCUUCUUCAGUUCUCAGCGUUCAAUGAGGUCUAAGCCGCGGACCCAUAACCAAAGGACGUUUCGUCCCGUGUGGCACCGAGGGAAACUCGGACAACGGUUGUGCUGCAAGCGCCCCAGGACACAACACUCGGCUAGCCCGGGCGUUGCCAUUAAGCGUCUCCACUCUUAUCGUGUGGGUUUUUUUUCCAUUUGGGGUUGGCAAUAAUUCAUCGUUCACAAAAUAUGUACAUAAAUAUGAUUUUUUUUAAUUGUAAGAGUAUUAACAAAACCUACGUACGAGGCAAAACUAAGUCAACACCUUUGGUAAAGAUACAUCAAAGAUGCACUAUUACUCCCAAAUAAGAUAUUCCACAAUUAAUUCAAUUGUUUUAAUAUCAAAAGUAUGAAUAAAUCUCGGAAACAAUAGCUCUAAAGGAUACCAAUUUCAUUUGAAAAAAAGAUGCAUAAUACAUGGUAUUUUACCUGAUGAAACGAUAGUAGAUCAUAGAAAAUAUUUUAGCACUCACCAUUCAUUUAACAUUUUUGCGUUUUCAUCUAUUAAAUACACGGUUACAAUCUUGUUAUCAGUAAUUAAUAUUUUCCAUAAAUGAUUCAUUUGUAAGAAGUUGAAGGUUUACACUGACUUUGUGUAAGUUAUACAUUGGUCACUUUCAAACCGAUGUUCUUGUAACAUGAUUAUUUUGC